AUGGUUGAGCACAUUAUUACCGACCGCCUCGUUCAGCACCUGUCCUCGAAGGGGCCGAACCUCCCUGAAAAUCUGUAUGAGUUCAGACCCGGACGAUCUACAUUGGAUGCCAUCCAGCACGUUCGGGACCUGACCCGUACUGUCGUGGAGGAGGGGAGCGAGGUGUUGCUCGCGAUAUCGUUGGAUAUAACGAAUGCGUUCAACACCCUGCCCUGGCCGGAGAUUGGGCGGGCGCUCGAGCACCAUCGAGUGCCUGCUUAUCUCCGGCAUAUGCUCGUGACCUACUUCGACAGGGACCUCGCCUACUCGGGGAGAGGCGGGGUCCUAGACCGGCGCCAAAUGGAAUGCGGUGUCCCGCAGGGUGGGGGCCAGGGAGGAGAACUGGGAGGAGCCCGCCUCUGCGUGGAGGUGGCACUAGCAUCGGUGGUGGGUAUCAUCAAGGACCUGGGUCUAAAUGUGGCAUCCCACAAGACUGAAGCAACUUUUUUUCACAACGGCAGUCGUGGGGCGCCGCCGAGGACCUGGGUCCUGGAGGACGGAGUCCGCGUCCACAUCGGGUCGACGAUAAAGUAUCUGGGCCUGACAUUGGACAGCCGCUGGGAUUUCGGGCCGCAUUUUAGGCAGCUGAUCCCCCUGGUCUAUAAGGCAAGACUGGCUCUCACCAGCCUCGUACGGACCCAAGGGGGCCCAGGAUGGAGGGCUCGCCGCCUGUAUAUAGGUGUGGUGCUCUUGAUAGCCCUCGAUGGAACGCCUAUGUGGACGCCCCAGCUUAUGGCCACCGGCCGCAGCAAACACCUUAUGCGCCAGUCGCUGCGAUCGGUGAUCAGAGUACGGGAACUCCACGAGGAGGGGGAACUGACGGCCAGGAGCCUAGCGGCCUUGAAGUCCCAGGCCAGAGCCCGGGUACAGGAGCGGUGGUCGGACAUAUUGUCCGACCCCCGUGGAUCCGGGUCCGACCCCCGUGGGGUCGGGUAG